AUGGCCAGCCUGAGGCGCGGCAGGCCCAACUGCAUCAGGGCAGCGUUCAGCACCACUGGCACUGGGCCCAGCUUCCGGAAGAGGCAGAGGAAUGCACGCUGUCGCCUCCAGUUUUUAGAUUCUUACGAUGGUGAUUCAGAAGCCUGCCCUGGUCAGUUUGGCUCCUUCUCUGGCUGUUCCCUGGGUGAAAGGAGCAAUGUGCCUCUGUCUACACUGAAGUCCAGGAGUCCCGAGGACGCCGGUGUCAACAACGCUCUCCCAUCCAAGGCCCCACACCUCUCGGUGAAGGCUGCCUGCUGGGCCCCCAUAUCCCUGGGAGCCAACGACGUGGACAUGCAACCUGAGAGUGAAGUCAGGCUGCCCCUGGAGCCCGGAGGCCCUCAGGAGGCCGGAAGGCAGGCGGAGAGGCCCUACACAGCCCAGGAGGACUCCAGAGCCACCAGGGCACCCAACCCAGCCAGUCCUGUGGAACUCCUGGAGCUGGGCAGACACCCGCCCAGCAAGGCCAAGGGGACACGGAUGCUACCCAGACUCGGAGGCGAGAGAGACAAAGGGCCCAAACUCUCGCUUUCCAAGAGAAAACUGGAACUUUUACUUGCAGAGCCUGAAAAAAAUAAGAGAAAGAAGCAGUUCAUGGCCUGAUCCAAGACAAAAGCCGAGAGGUUCUGGUGCUGGUGGUCCUGGUCUAGUCCUCUCCAAGUCUGGCUCUCUCCACACAGCAGUAGGACCACGCCGUUCCCAAGUGCCAAUAAAGAGACGUUGCCACAA